ACCAGUUCCAGACCGCAUACAUUCUCUUUUCUUUCCUCGCUCGGCUUUCCCCUUCUUUACUCGCUCGUUGCACGCUGCUUGCGCGCUGAGCUAACUGCCCGGCGACAUGGAAACCCCUUGGACAGCAACAGAAGAGGAGGUACUGCAGUACUAUGCCGUGGAUCAGACACGAGGCUUGACCUCGGACGCUGCGGCGAAACAUGCUGAGCUUUACGGCAAAAAUGAAUUGCCGGAGGACCCGCCAACACCCCUCUGGGAGCUCAUUCUCGAACAAUUCAAGGACCAGCUAGUACUCAUACUUCUCGCAUCAGCGGUUGUCUCGUUUGUUCUUGCGUUGUUCGAGGAAUCGGAUGGGUCAAGCUGGUGGAGCGCAUUCGUCGAGCCCCUCGUCAUUCUGCUCAUUCUUGUCGCCAAUGCGACCGUUGGUGUGAUUCAGGAAACCAAUGCGGAGAAGGCCAUUGACGUUGGUGCAGUCACCCCAUGCAGUACGCCUGGUAUACUCACACAGGUUCCACAGGCUUUGAAGGAAUAUUCUCCGGACGAGGCGAAGGUUUUACGCGAUGGAGAGUGGACGCGUAUUCAUGCCACCGAGCUUGUUCCGGGGGACAUCGUCUCGGUCGCGGUCGGCGACAAGAUUCCUGCUGACUGCAGGCUGCUCUCUGUCUCUUCCACGAGUCUUCGUGUUGACCAGGCUAUCUUGACCGGGGAGAGCGUCAGCGUGAGCAAGACCGUUGAGAGGAUUGCGGACGCUAAGGCUGUGAAGCAGGACAUGACCAACAUACUCUUCUCGGGUACCACCGUCGUAAACGGGAAGGGCACAGCCGUUGUGGUGUUCACUGGCCAGAAGACAGCUAUUGGCGACAUCCACAAGUCCAUUACGUCGCAGAUAAGCGAGAAGACACCCUUGAAGCGCAAGCUCGACGACUUUGGUGAGAUGCUUGCCAAGGUCAUCACCGUCAUUUGCGUCCUUGUCUGGCUUGUCAACAUCCGUCACUUCUGGGACCCUACGCACCAUGGCGUUCUCAAGGGCGCCGUCUACUACUUCAAGAUUGCCGUCGCUCUUGCCGUGGCGGCUAUCCCGGAGGGACUUGCUGCUGUCAUCACUGCCUGCCUUGCUCUAGGAACAAAGAAGAUGGCUCAGAAGAACGCGAUCGUCCGUAACUUGCCUAGUGUAGAGACACUCGGCUGCACAAACGUCAUAUGCUCAGACAAGACUGGUACUCUUACUACUAACCAGAUGAGUGUAUCGAAGUUCACCGUAGUCGACAUUUCUGGUACUCCCCGGGAAUUCCUCGUCGAGGGCACUACCUUCGCUCCUGAAGGGUCGGUUACACCUGCUGAUGGCAAAUCGUCUGCUGAAGUUCGCCCAGAGCCCCUGUUGCGCCUGGCUGAGAUCAGCGCCAUCUGUAACGAAUCCAAGAUUAUAUACAAUGCGGAGAAGAACUCGUAUGCGAAUCUUGGUGAGCCCACCGAGGCGGCAUUGAAGGUUUUGGCGGAGAAGCUCCCCUGUCCCGACCCCGAAGUUGCGAAGAACCUGCCCUAUCUGGCUCCUGCUGCACGUGCUGGAGCAGUCAACGAAUACUUCGAGCGCACGAUCCCCCGCCUUAUGACGUUCGAGUUCUCACGCGACCGCAAGAUGAUGUCCGUCCUUGCUCGCAGGAAUGGUACUGGUGUCCUCUACGCGAAGGGUGCGCCCGAGUCUAUACUCGAGCGCUGCACCUCCGUCCUCGUGAACGGCCGUACUAUUCCCCUCAUUCCUCAGCUCCGCGACGCUCUCCUUCGCAGCACCAUCUCCUAUGGUAGCCAAGGACUCCGCACUCUGGCUCUCGCCUAUGCCGACAACGUCUCCACUGACCUCGCGGACUACAAGGCUGAGACGACCGCCGAAUACUCGCGCUUCGAGAAGGACCUCACGUUCGUCUCGCUCGUCGGCAUGCUCGACCCGCCCCGCCCUGAGGUCCGUGAAGCCGUCGCGAAGUGUCAGGCCGCAGGCAUCCGUGUAAUCUGCAUCACCGGCGACAACAAGGGAACCGCGGAAACGAUUUGCAGGCAGAUUGGGAUCUUUGGCGAGCACGAGGACCUCACGAGCAAGUCGUACACCGGGCGCGAGCUCGACGAGCUCAGCCCCGAGGAGAAGCUCAAGGCGGUCAUGCGGGCGAGCUUGUUCAGCCGUACGGAGCCGAGCCACAAGAGCCAGCUUGUCGACCUUCUGCAAAGCCAGGGACUCGUCGUCGCGAUGACUGGAGAUGGCGUGAACGAUGCGCCUGCGCUCAAGAAGGCAGACAUUGGCGUUGCAAUGGGGAGCGGCACGGACGUCGCGAAGCUUGCUGCCGACAUGGUCCUUACCGAUUCGAACUUUGCGACCAUCGAGCAGGCCGUGGAGGAGGGCCGCUUAAUCUACAACAACACCAAGCAGUUCAUCCGCUACCUGAUUUCGUCGAACAUCGGAGAGGUUGUCAGCAUCUUCUUGACCGUGCUCCUCGGCAUGCCGGAGGCAUUGAUCCCAGUGCAGCUCCUUUGGGUCAACCUUGUCACGGACAGUCUGCCGGCGACUGCCCUGGGUUUCAACCCUCCCGACCACAGCAUCAUGCGUGUUCCCCCUCGGGACAGCCGCGAGCCCAUCGUCGGCAAGUGGCUGUUCUUUAGGUAUAUGGUCAUCGGCAUCUACGUUGGCGUCGCGACCGUUGCUGGAUACGCAUGGUGGUUCGUCUUCUAUUCCGGCGGUCCCCAGAUCUCUUUCUACCAGCUCACGCACUUCCAUCAGUGCUCAAGCCUCUUCCCAGAAAUUGGCUGCGAGAUGUUUGCGAACGAGAUGGCGAAGCGGGCGACGACGAUGUCGUUGUCCAUCCUCGUCACUGUUGAGAUGUUCAACGCGAUGAACUCGCUCUCCGAGAACGAGAGCUUGCUACGACUACCGAUCUGGAAGAACCCCUUCCUUGUCGGGGCCAUUGCGCUGAGCAUGGCUCUGCACGUCGCGAUCUUGUAUAUUCCCUUCUUCACGUCCCUCUUCGCCAUUACCCCAUUGAACUGGACAGAGUGGAAGGCUGUAUUAUACCUCAGUGCCCCUGUGUUACUCAUCGACGAGGUGCUGAAGUUCGUCACUGCGACUUUUAUCUCUCCGCCCUCCAAGAUGAAGGUCGACUAGAAGACGCUAAGUAGUAGAUACAUAUAUAUCAUAAGGGAUCCUGUAAUGACAUGUAAUGACUGCGAUA